AUGUCCACCGAAGGAAAGACUAUCACUUGCAAAGCUGCCGUCGCCUGGGAAGCCGCCAAGCCCCUCUCCAUCGAGGACAUCGAGGUUGCUCCCCCUCAGGACGAUGAGGUCAGAAUCAAGAUCCUCUACACCGGUCUCUGCCACACCGACGCAUACACCCUGUCUGGUGUUGACCCUGAGGGUGCUUUUCCCGUCGUGCUCGGACACGAGGGUGGUGGUAUCGUAGAGUCAGUCGGUAAGGGUGUAGACAACGUCAAGGUCGGCGACCAUGUGGUCCCCCUCUACACUGCUGAAUGCCGAGAAUGCAAGUUCUGCAAGUCGGGCAAGACCAACCUUUGUGGCCGGGUUCGAGCUACCCAGGGUAAGGGUGUCAUGCCCGACGGCACCAGCCGAUUCAAGUGCAAGGGCAAGGAGCUUUUGCACUUUAUGGGCUGCUCCACCUUCUCCCAGUACACCGUCGUCUCUAAGUUCUCUGUCGUCUCCAUCAACGAGAAGGCUCCCCUCAAGACUUCUUGUCUCCUCGGAUGCGGUAUCACCACCGGUUACGGUGCUGCGACCAAGUCUGAUGGCAUCGAGGGUGCCGACAAUGUCGCGGUCUUCGGCAUCGGCUGUGUCGGUCUCAGUAUCAUCCAAGGCGCCAGGGCGAAGAAUGCCAAGAGGAUCUUUGCCAUCGACACCAACCCCAAGAAGGAAGAGUGGGCCAAGAAGUUUGGUGCCACCGACUUUGUCAACCCCAAAGAGCUUCCUGAAGGCAAGUCCCUGGCCGAGUACCUCGUUGAGAUCACCGACGGCGGCUUUGACUACACUUUCGACGCUACCGGUAACGUGGGCGUCAUGCGUGCUGCCCUCGAAUCAUGCCACAAGGGUUGGGGUGUCUGCAACGUCAUUGGUGUCGCACCUGCCGGUGCCGAGAUUGCCACCAGGCCUUUCCAGCUUGUGACUGGUAGGACAUGGAAGGGAUCUGCGUUCGGUGGUGUGAAGGGUAGGACCGAGUUGCCCGGUAUCGUGGACGACUACCUUGAGGGCAAGCUCUGGGUCAACGAGUUUGUUACCCACGAGCAAUCUUUGGACGGCAUCAACAAGGGCUUUGAAGACAUGCAUAAGGGUGACUGUAUCCGAUGUGUUGUCGACAUGGGCUUCAACGACGCUCCUUAA